CAGAAAACACAAUCCAAGCAUGUCGACUGCAGUAGCUGCUCUUCUGAUCUUCACAGCUCUGCUCUGCACCAGUGCAGAAGCCUGGACCAAUAAUGCUGUUGACUGCUGUCUGACCACUAGUGGUGUCUCAGUUCCACGCCAGAUUGCAGCAUCCUACACUGUCCAAACCAAAGACAGUGGAUGCACCAUACCAGCUACUGUCUUCAUUACUAAGAAGGACAGAAGGCUCUGUUCCCCUCCUGUAGAUGAUCAGAAUUUUCCCUGGGUGAGAAAGCUCGUGGAACAUCUGGACAAUCGCAAAAGCAGGAACAAAGGUGCACAUAAGUGAUCAGGGAUGAACUGGAAGUGUCCAGAUGUCUGUUCAUCAUUAUGUCUGCACUUCAAAAAACUUGUCAUCAAAUAUGCAUGAAUAAGCUAUAAUGGGAUUUCUUUCUGUCAUUUUUUUUUUGCUAUUUGGCAUGCAAAGUAAUGGAGAUAGAAUUUAUGGGCCUUUAUAAAUGUGUUUAUAAAUGUAAAACAAACUGUUUUUGUAACU